AUGACGUCAGUAAAAUCCAGCGAAAUCCUCGACGACUUACAGCAACAGAACCGCGACAAACUCCAGGAUCGCGUCGACAAUGUACGUCCGUCUCCGACCCCAUCCAACUCCUUCUCGUCGCCCACGUCAACAACCUCGGCCAGCACCCCGGCAGCCGCGUCAAUUAGCUCGGGCGCGACCACAAAGCGCUCGUGUGUUGCCUGUCGUAAGCGCCAUAUGCGCUGCCAACCUCUGCGCCAAAACCAGUCCGGAACUUGCGUGUGGUGCUACGAGCACGGCAUCGACUGCUUCGAAUGCGAAACCGAUACGAAACCUCUGAACAAAACAACAAGAAUAUCCGACCAAGAGAAGUUCAUCCUCGAUGGCGAUACCUCGGCAUACGGCGGCUUCCAGUUUUCAAGCCUGUCAUUCCUCGCCGCCGACGACCCUGACGCUCCAGAAAUGCUACACCUGCACCAACUUAUGCAGAAAGAAAGCUACUCGGCUGAGACGUUGGAAACAGAGCAAGAAGGGAGACUGUGCCUCGACCCGCAAGUCGAAAAUCACCUGCUCGACCUCUACUACUCUCGAGUACAUCCGUACAUCCCGAUUGUUCCAAGGUCGUACUUGGAGUCCAUCGUCCCGAGCCAGGUGCUCUUGGCAGCAAUGUACGGCGUCGCAAGCCGUCUUCCCAACGCAGUCGUGUCGUCCCGAGACUUUCAUCACAUCAAACGAGUCCUGCAGAUAAAAAUUUCCGACCUCUUCACAAAGUGCCAGCCGUCGCUGCAAGAAUGUCAGGCUUUCGCGAUAAUGCACAUGGCGCUUGAGCUGCAGAGCAAGGAUUUAGGAGACGUCGAAUCAUGUUCACUAUAUUUGGCACAAGCAAUCAGGAUAUCUUUUGACCUCCGGCUGCACCAAGAAAAAUCCUAUCGAAACGACUCGCCCCUGCUGCGUGAAGUAAAGCGGCGCACGUUCUGGGCCCUGUUCACGCAAGACAAGUGGACGAGCGCAAGUAAAGGAUACCCAGUGAUGAUAUACCCCGAAGAUGUCGCAGUGCAGAUGCCCGACGUCACCGAUAUCGACGACCCGUUCGGCGCCCCACACGAAUAUUUCAUCGAGCUCAUCUAUCAGGCACACACGCUGGCGUUUGUGCUGCCAUUCAGCUAUAGCUCGAACCGGUUUGAACGAGCGACGGUCGAGCAGUUUCAGACCGUUGAGAAAAAAGUGCUUCUGCUUGCUUCUCGAGCCGGUAACCCGAAACUGUCAGACAUCACCAGAAGACAAAUCACAUUGUCGGCGGUCGCGAUAAAGCUGCUGUUCUAUGCCCCGUUCUUUCGGCCAACGUCGUCGAAGGACAAGGCGCUGUUUCGUAAAUUAAUCCCCUCCAUAGACGGACUCCGGAUGACUUUGGCGCAAGAAGCAGUGACAACAGUGCUGAAGAACGACACCGUCGACUUGCUCUUCACCGGGCCCUCGAUAUGGUCGGUUCUGUUCUUUGCAAACGCGCGGUGCUUCCUGGCAGCUCUGUCGGUGAAGUACGACCACGCUGUAUCGUACGAGCCGCAACUGCGCGAGAACGCAGAGCUCGCGAUCGAAUUGCUGGACGGGAUGGCGCAUGCGAUGACGAAAGAAAGUAAAUGGUGCUAUAUGGCCAUGGCCGGCAAUGUGCUGCGGUGGAGUAAGAAGGUGGCAGAAAGCAAGGCCGGCGAUUUGUCCUGGCAGGAGAAGUGCGGGAUUGCCAGCAAGGAAGCCGCGCAGUCGAAUACGCCGUCGUCGGUACCGGAAAGGCCAAAGAGGGAAGCAUCAGUCGCACAUGCUUCUCAGCGGAAGCGCGCAAAGGUGUCGCACUCUGCUGUGCCGCAAUAUGCGAAGGGCAUGAUGCCCGGUCAGCAAGAGCACAUCAGAGACGAGUUUUCUGUUGUAGACACAAGCUUUGCGUCGCCAACGAGCUCGUCGUCGUCCUACCACGAUCUUUCUUCGCGGCAGUCGAGUGUGUCGUCAACGACGGCAAGCUCGCCUUCUGCAAAGAUAGUAGGACAGAGCUCGCAGGAAUACAGCAGUAGCCUGGGCGACAUCUACUUGCUGUACAGCCAACAGCAGACAACGCCGUCGCCACAUACUAUCCCGUCGCUGUCAAUAGGCAGUGUUGGUGAAGACGGCAGCAGUCUGCAUGAGUACAGCGAGUCGCCGCAGCCAGCAGCAGCGCACGCCGUGCCGGACUUUGCGUACAACAUGUCUCUGGACGCGGGCGCCAGGUUCCCGGACGGCAAACGAAGCAUGACAUCUUCGGCAGCCGAGCAUAGUCAGCUCGACGAAGGACCGCUGGACUUGUCCGCGUUCGCAAGUGUAGACAGAGGCGAGGACGAGCAUAAUACGUGGAAUAUGAUGCUCGGUGCACAGGCGGAGAACUGGCCGGGCUUAGGUCCGUCGAUGUCGGAGGGGUGGGUCCUGGACUCUGAGUUCUCGAGCACGAUCGCGGGCCAGUCACAGCUGCAUGCGAGCACCGACGGGUAUAGAGGAGGCGAGCUAGAGAUAGGGAAACGGCUGGAAGACGACAGUAGAGGAGGGAAAGAUGGGGAGGAAGAAGAGGGGGAGGAGGAUAGAGAAGAAAUCGAGAGGCGGUGCGUGCUGGGCGCCGGGGAGAGUCGGCUAAAACAAGAGGCAGCCAUCAGGGACGCAGUCUGGAACUGUGUUCUCACCAGCCUCUCGACGUGCUGA